GAACCUAAAAUUCAAAUAAAAUUCAAAUUUUAUUGCUUAUUUCAAUUUAAUUCAUACUUACAUAUCAUUGAAUUGAAUGCUAUGAUGUUUAUUCAACAGUAACAUACUGCCGAUAAAAAACUUGUCACAUUAUAACCAUGACAAUUGAAUAAAUUAAUGACACUUAACUGAUAUUAUACAGGGAACUUCGAAAUCAAUCAAUAUUGUGUAGUUUUUAUUUAUUAUCUGAAGUUCAAUAUAUCUUCAAACUUCAAACGUCAUUAAUCCUAAAAUAUACACUAAUUUUACACGUUUUACAGUUAUAUUAACUUUACUCGCACUUACCUAAAGUAAUUUAUUUCGUGUUUUCAAAAUGAAUCCCAUGUUGCAAAGACACUGCGCAAAAUUUAUUUAUAUUGUCCCUGAUGGUUUGCGCGAAUUAAUGUCGGAUAUAUCUCGCGAAGUGAUAAGAACGCAACCGGAAAAUGUUUAUACUUAUAUAGCUGAUUAUUUGGAUGCUUUGAUGAUUACAAGAGAAAAUGCGAGAAUUGCCGCAAGAUUGGUUGACAGUAUCUGUGAAAUAGCUGAAACCACCGUACAACUUCUGCUUCGGGUGGGACUUAGUCGUUCCGAAGCGGACGCCAUUGUUGUAAUUAUUCAAACCGCUUUCCGGGAAUAUUUGGAGCGAAAGAAAAAAUAUCCACCAUCCGAAUUUCCUGGAGAAAUGGGUGAAGAAGAAGACUUCAUGAAGAAAAUAUUUAAUCAAAUAAAGGUUAGCGCUGAUAAGGUAGAACAAGCAGUAAUUAUCAUCCAAACAGCUUGGAGGAAUUUCAAAGAACGCCAAGAACGCGAGAAGAAAAUGCUCUUCGGUAUGGUUGAUUGGCGAAUUGCUGCAAGAAGUGCCAUCAUGUUAUACAGGAAAACUGGUGUAACAAUGUACGAAGCAAAUCGUGCUGCCACGCUAAUCAAAGCAGCGUACAAAGGAUAUUACACUAGAAGGAUCAUGAAGCGAUUAUUGCACAUGGGUCUGGAAGAUGAAGUAACUGAACAGAUAGAAUCUACUAUUUCAGCAGAUUAUGAUUUGGAAUCAGAAACGGGUGAAUUUACGGAUUAUUUAUCCGACAUAGGAUCGUAUGGUGAAGAUGGCACAUCACACAACGUGCUCACCUUGGAAGCAGGCGCUUCAGAUGCUUCCCAUCCCCAUCGCGAGCGUCAUACUCGUCCUCGGCAUCACACUCCCUCGCGACGAGCCACAGCUGCAGCUAAAACUACAACCGCAAGCAAAUCAAAAAUUGCAACCGCGAGUGAAACAAAGUCUGCAAAAGCAACGACUUCGCAAGAAAAAAGACCUUCAUGGACUGCACCAGCCGAUGGUCCAGUCACCAUCGAGAAAAGAGAAUCACUACCAAGAGAUGCAGAUGCACUUCAUCCGGAAGACUACUACCCGAUUACAGAGCGAUUAUCAGAAGCAGGUGAAGGUGGAAUAAGCCCAUCCGUACCAGAUGUUAUAGAAGACGAUGAAAAGAUGCAGACGCCUCCCAAUACCGAACAAGAAGAAGUUAGUGAAGGUGUUGAAGCAGAUGAGGCACCUACCGAAGCAGAGGGAGAAGUAGUCGCAGGACAAGAUGCAGAACUGGAGGCACCUACUGAAGCAGCAGAGAUACCCCCAGGAGAUGAUCAAGAAGUUGCUGAAGCACCUGAAGAAGUUUCCAAUGAAGAUGUUGCUGAACCCGCAGCUGAGGAAGCAGUAUCCGCAACUGAGACACAGGAAGAGGUCGCUGCAGCUGAGCCGCAAGAAGAGGUUGCUCCUCCUGGUGAACCAGUGGAAGCGGAACCAGCGGAGGAAGCAGCAAAUGAAGUGAUUCCAGAUGAUGAAAACGAAAAAAUAGAUGGCACAGCUGAUGAAACAAAUCCGGAACAAUAAAAUCGUUAAAAUAUAAUAAAAUAGAAACAAAUUGUAAAAAAAAUCAACUGUUUAGUUUGUUAGUAGACCACGGAUAAAUAAAUUACCACUCGUGGACAACUCA